AUGGAAAGAGCAUCUGAGUGCCUGUCCUCGGGAAACCUGGGAAGCCUCAAGGACCCCACCAUGGACGCCCCUGCAGAUGCUGUGCUGCGUGUGGCUCAGCUCGCCCUCUCCUGCACCGGAGAGCGCACUGCAGCCCGCCCAAGCAUGGCACACAUCGCCAACGAGCUGCAGGCCAUCCGGGAGGAGUGGGUGGGGAAAGAGGAGCUGAGCGCGGCUGUGAAGGUGGAUGCGGAGGUUCAGGAGAUGAGGGAUGUUGUCGGUGUGAGCAACCUCAACACCGAACUUCAGAUGAUUGAAGACAAUUUGGGCGGUUACGAUAAUUUAAAGUUCUGA